ACGAGAAAUGUCGCUGUUGCUAACGUUGAUAGCGCUUUUAGUGUCGCUGCUUUUAUUCGUGGCCCGCCGACGUCUUGGAUAUUGGCAGCGGAGGGGUAUUCCGCACGAUGUGCCACACCCACUUUUCGGAAACAUCAAGGACUGGCCCAAGAAGCGACACAUCGCGAAGAUAUUUCGGGACUACUAUUUAAAAUACAAGAGCUCAAACUACCCAUUCGCCGGUUUCUACUUCUUUUUCACCAAAACCGCCGUCAUAACCGACUUGGAGUUGGUCAAGAGAGUGAUGAUCAAGGACUUUAAUCACUUCGAGAACCGCGGUAUUUUCUACAACGAGAUCGAUGAUCCGCUUUCGGCUACUUUGUUCAGCAUUGAAGGCCAAAAGUGGCGUCAUUUGAGGCAUAAGCUCACGCCCACUUUUACGUCAGGAAAAAUGAAGAACAUGUUUCCGAUUGUUGUAAAGGUUGGAGAGGAAAUGGAGAAGAUCUUCAGCGGAAAAACUACCUCUGGUCAAGGUCAAGUUCUUGAAGUGGUUGAUCUAGUGGCUCGCUAUACGGCUGACGUAAUCGGUAAUUGCGCGUUCGGCCUCAAUUGCAAUAGUCUGAACAAUCCGAAGGCGGACUUUGUCACCAUUGGCAAAAGAGCUAUAAAUGAACGUCGCUAUGGAGGACUUCUGGACUUCUUUAUUUUCGGCUUCCCGAAGUUAUCUCGCCGUUUGCGACUUAAAUUGAACGUCCAGGAAGUGGAGGACUUCUACACUGGAAUCGUAAGGGAUACAAUUGACUACCGAUUGAAGACCAAUGAGAAGCGGCAUGACUUUAUGGACAGUUUAAUCGAAAUGUACAAGAAGGAGCAGGCUGGAAACACUGAGGAUGGCCUUACCUUCAACGAGAUCUGUGCCCAAGCCUUUAUUUUCUUUGUCGCUGGGUUCGAGACGAGUUCUACAACUAUGGGCUUUGCCCUCUACGAGCUGGCCCGCAACCAGGAUAUACAGGAUAAACUGCGUGAGGAGGUUAACCGUGUUCUUGGCAAGCACAAUAACGAGUUCUCUUACGAGGGUAUCAAAGAAAUGACCUAUCUGGAGCAGGUCGUUAUGGAAACCCUUCGCAAAUACCCUGUUCUGGCUCAUCUGACGCGGAUGACCCAAACUGAUUUUUCACCGGAAGACCCCAAAUAUUUUAUUGCUAAGGGCACAGUCGUUGUGAUCCCAGCUCUGGGCAUUCAUUAUGAUCCUGAAAUAUAUCCCGAACCCGAGAAAUUUAAGCCGGAGCGUUUUACGGAUGAGGCAAUCGCUGCGAGACCCUCCUGCACGUGGCUUCCAUUUGGAGAAGGUCCCCGGAACUGCAUUGGUCUCCGCUUUGGACUGAUGCAAACCUGCGUGGGAUUGGCCCACCUGAUCAGAGGCUAUAAGUUUAGUGUCGCCCCGGAGACCCAAAUACCAAUGAAGGUUGUCGCGAAGAGCAUUCUUCUGUCCGCAGAGAAUGGGAUUCACCUUAAAGUCGAAAAGCUUACAAUAUGAUACAUUUAUAAUUUUAAUAUAAUAAUUUGUAUUUAGCAA